AUCAUAUGAAAAUUCGUAGUAUUGGAAAAAAAUUAGUUCAAAAUCCUCCGUAUUAGAGAAAAUCUUCUACUUCUGGCAACACUGACAAAUAACUGUUAUGGUUGCAUAUUACUGUCAGCAAGUUGCUAUGUUGUCCGAUUGUUUGGAAAGUCGACGUAUUUAGGAAGGUGUUGAAUUCAGUGAAAGUUAUGCCUUUUAGCAUAACAACUUUAGCAAUCCUGUGAAAUUAAAAUGCAGAAUGCAAUGGACUUGCAGAUCAAAAUGUUGUUUAAUACAUUUAACAAAUCAAAAUGAACGUCUUUGAUAUAUUACAUACGUUGUAUUCUACAUCACUUUGUAUAAUUAUAAUAUCCUCAUCAUUUAACGAUAUCACGUAAUUAACUAUACGUCCUAAAUGGCUCAAAGUCCAACAAUACAAUAGACAAAGUUUACAACGUCGAACAAGAUGUCAAUAAUAAACACAAGGUUAUAUCCGAUUAGCUGUAAUCCCUUUGGUUUUAUUAUUAAUAUACUAUAAAUUUGUAAAUGUAUUGGUUUGUAUGGCAAGUUAUUAUAGAUCACGUCAAUCGAAAGACGAUUGCUAUUUAUCAAAAAAACAGAUUUCUCAUGAUAGUUUAGAUUUAAAAACCAGUCUACAACUUUUAGUUUGAAAAAAUUUCAUAACGAGACUUAAAUUAGUUUAGAAAUGAAAAGUUGAGAAGUCUUACCAUGCAGUGCAAUACAGAACAAAUUAGUACUAAGGGAACAGAAGUUGCUGAAAGUGAUUCCGUUAAUCUCAAACUUGAACAAGUGUUGAAAAAAUUGCUAGAACCAAAUUUUAAACUCCAGAAUAAUGAUUAUCUCAAUUUACUAUUCACACACUUAAUUAAUCGAAAAGAUAGCAAAUCAACCCUUAAUCAAAAACUAGUUACCGAAGGAAUUUUAGAACAGUGGAUUGGAGAUAGUUUUAUAGAAUUUGAGAGGAAUAAAGAUUCUCAAAACUCAACACUUCUAACGUUUGUUCUAAAUGUUACAAGAUGUGUUUGUAAAAAAGAACAAUCGUUUAAUAACUUGAAUGAAAAAGGAAUUUUUGAACGUUUAAUAAAAAUAACUGGAAACGUAUGUAAAUCAAAUGUAAUAACAGCUUUAAUAAAAUUGCUUGCAGAUUUUUUAGACCAUCCAUCUGGAGUACAAUGGGUGUUAUCAACUAAUCAUUGGAAGUUGGUUGUCGAUAUAAUAUUGAACGAUGGUACGAUUUAUGCUUAUAAAGAAGGAUAUAUAUUUAUCAACAAAUUAUUACAGAGAUCCUUCGUAAUUAAUCAGCCUUUUUGUAUAAACAUAUUUAGAUACAUUCUUACCCCAUUGGAAGAGAUAUCGAAUACCGUUUCUGAAAUUCAAAACAAACAUUUAUCAUCAAUUCUACGAUUCGUAACUGAAAUUUUAGUGAUACUAUUUAAAUCAGAUUCUUCAGUAAAUUCGAACAGGAUUAUUUCAAUCUGUAUAGAUAAUACCGAACUGGAAAAAAAAUCAAAACAACUUAUUAGUACUACAGAUAAUCUGGAGUUGAGAAGUGCCUUGUAUCGAAUAGUUAUUUUCCUCGGUUUGUUCAAUUUAAAAUUGAAAUUAUGUGAACAAAAUAUAAAAAUCGAGAAGGAUACCUCUUCGGAGAUUCUAGAUAUUUUAUACGAGGCUGCUAAUAAUGUAUCCGUAUCCGGUAUGUCACAGUUAUUGUUUUCCACUUUACAUACAUGGAGCGAAAUCAAAAAGAGCCUACCGCAUCCUAUCAGGAUAUCAAUUUCGUUCGAAGAUCAAUUAUUAGCUAUACAACUGAUGCCUAUGUACACAAUAUUCGUUAAAACAAUUGGAUUCAAUGUUUAUACAAGCGAUUGCGAAGAUAGUUUCAGAUACUUAUUCAUAUCGAAACUUGUUGAUAGAUUAUACCCGAAAACAGUAAGGAUCAAAUAUAAAUGGCAGAACUAUUUACUGGACAAUUAUUCUAUUAGUAAUGGAAUAUUAUCUUUGAAAUAUUUUAUGCAUUCCAAACAGUUUUAUUCCAAAGAAAACGCUGUACUUAUAUUUCAAAUGAUGAUUUAUUUGAUGCACGAUUUGAACACCACUCUUAAAGAAAAACCAGAAUUGCAGUUGCAGUUUGUUAACGUACCGGAAUACUUGGAAUUGCAUCUUAAAGUGAUUGGAAUCAUUAUCGAGGAGUUUAAACUGACAUUCAGGGACUCCAUUGAAUCACUAUGCGUUUUAAAUAUAGUGUACAACUUGCUGGAUGGAUUAAUAUGGCCAACCAAGAUAGUGGUUGCUGCUUUAAAACUUGCCGAAACAGGAAUUUCGAAAUAUAUGACUUUUCAGAUGUCUCUUUAUAUCGAUGAUAAGCAAGGUUCUAUUAUAGGCAGACUUCCUGCUUUACUUCGAAUUAAAUUACAUGACGGAGCAUGGGAGGUCCGUGAUAGUGCUAUCGAAGUUCUACAGUCACUAUUUGUAACAGCAAAUAACACAGAAAGUAGUGCUUACAAAAAAUUAUUACUGGAAAACGAUUUACCUUGUUUGAUGAUAAAAAUGGGAACCGAUGAUGGUAAUUCAUUCGUUAGAGCUACUGCUUUGAGGUGUAUACAGAAAACCGUUGAAAUUCCUGAAUUUUGGGAGGCUUUGACACAAUCAUUUGAUAUUUAUUCAACCGUUUUGAGAGUAUUGAAGCAUGAAACGGAAGGUAUUGUUCGUUGUGAAGCAGCUGCCCUUGUUUACUGUAUAUACCAACACCAGGAAAUCCCAGUAAACGUUAAAAACGACGUCCUAGAUGCCAUGAGUCACGCAGUGGUUGCAGAUCUCCAUUGGGAAGUUAGAGUAAAAGCCAUGCCUUUUUGGAAAAAAAUCAUCGAUGAUAGUUUAAGUGAACAAGGAUUGAUAGACGGUUCUUUUCCAAACGUGACUUUUUCUAAAGAUUUAAGAAAAAUAGUAACUUUGGAUAGCGUGGAAAUAAAAAAAAGUCUAGUUAGAGCUUUAUGGGAAUUAUCGAAAGCCGGAUGUUUAUUUGUGUUUUAUGAAGCGCUGCAGGAUGAAUGUGAUAUCGAAGUGGCUAAAUCCGCUAAUGAAAAUGUCAAAGACUUCGUUAAAUUGCUCAGAAAACAUGAAGUUACCGUAGAAACUCUAAGGCUCUAUACACCUUCCAAGUCACCUACGGAUUUAAUUACCAAAACUCCUGAUGAACCACGCGAUUCUUUCAAUACCAAUAACAGUGAAAACUCACUUAGAAAUCAACAGAUUUCUGAUUCUAUAUUGGAAGAUAUUUUAGAUACCAGAGAUUUGAAUUUAUUAGAAACUGUUUUUAAUAGUACGGAUAAACCUGUUUUUGAAAAUAUCGAAACUAAACAACGAGAAGUUCUACAACCGGAAUUGUUUUUAAAUUUGGUUUACACAGAUCUGGAUAGUAGGCUUGAUAAUAAAACAACUUGGGUGGAAAAAAUGGACGAUUUUAAAUCGUUGUUGGAUGAUAUUUUGAAAGAAUAUGAUUCCGAAGAUGUAAAUAGUUUGGACUGUUACUAAAAUUGCAAAAAAAUUUGAGUUUAUAAUAAAAUAACCUAGGAAUUAUUGGUUUAAGAUGAUUCCAUCACUAGUACUGGCUCUGGAGCGUGUGUCGUUCAUCUAAGGUAAACAGGAGACACUUAGAAGGGAUAUAUAGUGUUUCAAGGACGUGGGAACAAGGAUUGUGUUGUUAUCAAUACUUCCAUACAGAGUGAUUAUUGUAAAUCAUCCUCUUCUUAAAAUGUCCCCAAAUUUCAUUAAUUUUCAUAUUAAUUCCACUAUUUUUGAAACGUUAUAUUUUAUGUUGAAAUAAUUUCUUUGUCGAACAUAUAAAUCCCAUGGAAUAUUGGGUUUUAUUAGAUUUGAUAUAUAGAAGACAGGAUGUUUCUUCAAAGCUAUAAAUUGUCCACAAAAACAAAUUAUAUAAGCUGAAAAAAAUUGUUAAUCAUCUGGUAUUCAUUAGAAUAUCAAUUAGAAUCCCAAUAUGUAAUAUUCAUUAUUACAAAAACUGUUUUUCCAUAUUUUUUCUCAUGCUCAAUUUAUUUUUCAAAAUUCAAUUAUUGUAACAAUUUUUUUUAAAAAUAUGUUGUGAAACUAGUGUAUAAUUUAUAAUGUUUGUUAAAUAUUCUAUUAUUAAUAAAUAUAUACAAUUGAA